CGUACUCACCUUUGUCACGUGAUCUACUGUCAAUUGCGUUCAAUUGUUCACCCUCACCGCCGAUCGAUCCUCGAGUUUGGCAUGACUUACUUGGACCAAUCAGAUGGGGCCUUAGCGCGACUGCUGUAUUUCAAAGACGCAGUGACUACUGAUCAUGGCGACAACCCUCCUACUCAUCUCUGUCGGCGCAUAUCAUCGCCUCCCUUCAACUUUCACCUCCAUCUGGCCAGCACAUUAUGGAUUCGAAUGAUUCCGACGCGUCCCCCGAUCAGAACAACAGCCAGCAUAUCAGUGGUGCACACAAGCAAGAAAAUCUGGGACUUUUGGCGUAUGUACUAA